AAUAGUGCCGAGUUGUAACCAGUUUUCCUUAUAGUUCAAUUAAAAUAAAUUAAAUACCAAUAACCUCUAACUAGAGCUGUCGCCGCUCUGAUAAACUGGCAUUUUCUCUUUAAAAAAAAUUGUAUUUCGUUGAUAUAAACGACAAAAUGGGUGACCUGUUUGUAAGCCGCGAACAUGUAUUGCAGGGGGGCUAUUUCCACUCGACAUUGCGAAAACUUCAAGAGCAGAACACCAGUAUUGAGCCUCACAAUAUUAUGUACCCAGUUUUCUUACUGGAAAAUGUUGACGCUGUCCAACCCGUGGCCAGCCUGCCAAACGUGAACCGGUAUGGUCUGAACCAGCUCAUUCCGGCGCUCACUGAUCUGGUGGAGAAGGGGCUCAAGUCCAUACUCAUAUUUGGCAUUGUGGAGACUCUACCCAAAGAUCCAACAGGCUCCAAUGCGGACUCGCCAUCCAACCCAGUUGUCAAGGCUCUCCCCAUCCUGAGGGCUACAUUCCCGUCUCUGCUCAUAACUACAGAUGUGUGCCUCUGCCCUUACACUUCCCAUGGUCACUGUGGGGUACUAACUGAGACUGGUGCCAUCGACCACGCAGCGAGCGUCAAGAGAGUAGCCGAAGUCGCGCUGACCUACGCUAAAGCAGGCGCUCACGUGGUCGCUCCGUCGGACAUGAUGGACAAUAGAAUAAAAGCUAUCAAGGACGCUCUCAUUGCCUCCAAACUGGACAACCAGGUUUCUGUCCUAUCGUACUCGUGCAAGUUCGCGUCGUGCAUGUACGGCCCGUUCCGCGAUACGAUGAAGAGCUCCCCUAUGGAGGGCGACCGGAAGUGCUACCAGCUUCCGCCGGGGAGCGCCGGGCUCGCUGCCAGGGCUGCGGCUCGCGAUGUGGCUGAGGGCGCAGAUUUUCUGAUGGUAAAACCUGGCCUGCCGUACCUGGACAUCGUUCGUCAGACCAAGAACCAGUUUCCUACCCAUCCACUGUUCAUCUACCAGGUGUCCGGUGAAUACGCGAUGAUAUGUAAAAGCGGCGACAGCAGUGAGAUCCAGAACACUUUGAUGGAGACGUUGACGUGCAUGCGACGUGCAGGUGCCGACUGCAUUAUAACCUACUUCGCUCCACUGGUGCUCAGCAUAAUAAACAAAAAGUGAAAUGUAUUAUAUAACAUUUUAU